AUUUUUAAACUUUCAUUGCACGAAUAUUAAAAAUCUGCGAUCAGAAAACAUGUCAAAGGUGGUCUUCCUCUAAAUGAACAUGAAGCAAGAAAGUAAAAAAGUAAAAUUUAAAACUCUCAAGGAUAAUGGGGUGUCUGAAGAAACACUACGAGCAGUCAAAGAGAUCGGCUUUAAAUACAUGACUGAUGUACAGGCAGAAGUGUUGCCGAUAGCUUUAAACGGCGGUGAUGUGGUGGCUACUGCGAAAACGGGCUCUGGAAAGACUUUGGCGUUUAUAAUUCCAGUUAUUGAAACUGUGGUUACAAAUUAUAAAGGUUUGCGAGGUACAUGUUGUAUCAUAAUAUCACCAACAAGAGAGUUGGCGACACAGUCUCACUUAGUCUUACAAGACCUCAUCUCUCACCAUGUAGGAAUUACAUCGGCUUUGAUUAUAGGAGGAGAAAACAGAAGGAAGCAGAGUAUUCAGCUUUCAACGGGAGUCCAUAUAGUGGUUGCAACUCCAGGAAGGCUGUUUGAUCACAUGAGAACCAAGGAGUUUGAGUACAAGUAUGUCAAGUGCCUUGUUUUGGAUGAAGCUGAUAAAAUAUUUCAGUACGGCUUUGAAGAAGAUUUGAAACAGAUUGUUAGUAGAUUACCUAAAAACAGACAAACAAUGUUGUUCAGUGCAACACAAUCUGAAACUACUGAUUCUCUGAUAAAAUCAGCCAUGAGAGAAAGUGUGCACUCAGUGAACACUGAUGAGGAUGAUCUGAAAGCCACAGUUGACGGAUUGAAACAAGGGUAUGUCAUAUGCGAGACAGAAUACAGACUAUGGUGGCUGCACAAAUUAUUAAAGAAAACACAGAACCAGAAAGUAAUGGUGUUCUUUUCAAGCUGCAAAUCUGUUGAAUUCCAUCAUCAAUUAUUCUGCAAUUAUUUUCAAGCAUCAGUUCUUUGUAUUCAUGGUAAAAUGAGCCAAGCGGACAGGACAUCCAUAAUAACGAAUUUCUACAACGCAGAGAAGAGGGCGUUAUUCUGCACAGAUCUGGCCGCUAGAGGGCUUGAUAUACCCGCUGUCGACUGGAUAGCGCAAUUCGAUCCACCGGCGGACGCUAACAUAUUGGAUUCAGCAAGAAACAUAGACCUAGAAAAAGAGAUGCGGCGUUGUUAG